AUGUCUUAUGACACAUUUCGCCGAAAUUUAUCGGCUGACAUCCAUUUCUAUAAAUUACCAAAUUUGAUUAAAUACACCUUACCCGUCCACAAGGUGUACAAAAGUCCUUUUAUUGAAGAUUGGCUGAUGGAAGUUUGUUUGAGUGCAGUAAAGGCAAAGGAUUUACAUCUGGACAAAGAGAUAGUACGAUUCUCUGGCAAAGAAGUGCGACCCAUCAUUCAAUUCCAUGUGCACGAUGUAAUUUGGGACCUUUUCUCAUCCCAACAAUCACAUUUUCAAUUUCUUCACCCAUCAGACACGUUCAUCAUCCAAUCCAUUCUAAGAACCCUUCGUCCACAAUACGAUCAAGGCUAUCCUGUUUACGCUUGUGAGAGUGGUCCGUCUCUAUUUAAUAUUGAUGGCAUGGAAAUGUUGGGUAAAGAUGUUUAUAAGAACGUUCUCGACAAAAGUCAGGAGUUGGUUAAGCCAUUAGUAGGAAA